CCGGGGAAUACCGGGGUUAUGAAACAGAGUUUCGAAAAUCUUUUGUUCCGUUUUUAAGAAGUCUUCUUUCUGCUAUAAUAUAGUUCCUGUUUCAGUUUUGUGUUGCAAUUCAAGUAUAAGUCAAGUUAGUGUCUUGUGUAUUAAUAUGAAGGCUUUCAAAUAUGAAUGUACAAUUCGUGGCCAUGAAGCUGACGUUAGAGGAUUAUGUCCGACGUCAAAUCCUCCAAAUAGUUUCCUCUCGUCGUCUCGGGAUCAAACUGCGAAGCUAUGGGUACCAGAAAGUAAUUCUACUGGUUUCCAACAACAACAAGUAUUCAAAGGCCACAAGAACUUUGUGUCGUGUAUCGCUGUAAUGAAUGCAGCGAAUGAAAUCUACCCCGAUGGUCUCAUAUUCACUGGAAGCAAUGACCACAAUAUUCAUGUUUAUUUACCCGGUGCCUCUGAACCCAUAAUGGUAUUAGCUGGACAUUCAAACUCAGUCUCUUCAUUGGCUGUUGGUAAGUUUGGAACCCUGGUCAGUGGUUCGUGGGAUAAAAGUGCAAGGUUGUGGUUGAUGGAUACAAGUGCGAUGAAUGAAGGCAAAUGCGCCAUGGUGAUGCAAGGUCAUAUUGCUGCAGUCUGGGAUGUCAUUAUAAUGCCUGAGCAACAAGGCCUCGUAAUUACUGCUGCUGCCGAUAAAACUAUAAGAUCUUGGAGGACUGGAAAAUGCUUGAAUGUAUUUAAAGGCCACACAGACUGUGUUCGUGGAUUAGCAGCUCUGUCAUCGGAACAAUUUCUAUCUUGUUCAAACGACGCUACUAUAAGGAGAUGGUCGAUUGAUGGACAAUGCUUACAAACAUAUUACGGCCACUCUAACUUUGUGUAUUCGGUCACCGUGUUAAAUGAUGGCCAAGAGUUUGUAACAAGCAGUGAAGAUAGGAGCGUCAAAGUUUGGCGAGUAAAUGAAACCAACCCCACACAAAGUAUUGCAACCCCUGCUCAAAGUGUGUGGGAUGUUGUUACGCUUGAGAAUGAUGAUAUCGCAUUUGGGAGCAGUGAUGCCACAAUAAGAAUAUUCACUCGUUCACACGAUCGGGCGGCAACACUGGAAGAAUGUUCUGCAUACGAAAAGGAAUUGUCCAACUCAAGGAUAUCACAAGAAGGAAACCAACUUGGUGACUUAGCUGUGAAUGAUCUUCCUGGACGUGAAGCUCUUGAAAAACAAGGUGAAAAAGAUGGCCAAACACUGAUGUUACGACAUGAUGCAGUGGUGGAAGCUUACCAAUGGAACGCUGCUGAUGGUAAAUGGAUGAAAGUUGGUGACGUGGUUGGUUCUAAUGCUACAGGGAAGAAGACAAUGUACCAAGGCAAGGAAUAUGAUUAUGUGUUCACAAUUGACAACGAAGAUGGAAAACCUCCUUUGAACCUCCCAUACAACUUAACUGAGGAUCCAUGGUUUGCUGCUCAAAAGUUUAUAGAUGACCAGAAUCUAAGUCAAGCCCACCUUGACACCAUAGCCAACUUUAUAAUGGAUAACACCAAGGGUGCUGAAAUUGGGUAUGGGAAGCCAUCAGAGUAUGCAGACCCUUUUACUGGUGGUGGGAGGUACCAACCUAAUGCAUCGGAAUCCACCAGCACAGAAGGGGGUGCUGACCCAUAUACUGGGGCUGGGAGGUAUAGACCAGAUAGUAAUGGUACCCAGGGGCCACAAGGGGGUAUAGAUCCAUUUACUGGAGGGGGUCGAUACCGCCCCACUGGGGGUGAAGAAGGGGCAAAUUGGGGAAACCCCUCAGCCCCACUCAACGACCAAAUGUUGGAUCCUUCAAGGUACGUUCCUGGUGAUGAUGAUGAAACAAUGCAAGUUGAUGAUGUCAUAAAGAAGAACACAUACUUCCCUAAGACUGGAUAUAUUUUGUUCGAAUCUUGUAACGUCAAUGCUAUGUUAGGUAAAUUGAGGGAAUUUGGGGAGAAAAGUGGAAAUGAUGUUUCUGAAUCUGAUAUUGAAUGCUUCAAGCGAUUUACCGAAGUUACCACGACACCCAGCGCAAGUGACGUUGAGUUUCUGUGGAAAGCUUUACACUGGAAGGAAGAAUUUGUGUUUCCUGUCCUUGACCUUUUGCGAUUCUCGAUUUCCUGCCAACCUUAUGUGACUCAGCAAAUCUGCCACGACAGAGCAAAGGAUCUUCUCCUAAUUCUGCUGAGUCAUAUCCGUGGUACGAGUCCAUUAGUGCCAACUAAUCGUUUAAUCUCGAUUCGAAUUUUAAACAACUUGUUCAAAACUUUGGACGGAGAUGCUUUCAUUCUAGCUGGAUGUGUUGAAAUAAUUGACGCAGUUUGUUCAUUUCUACCGAACGACCAAACACCCGUUGCUGGCAACAAUAAGAACAUACAAGUAGCUUCUGCAACUUUGUUUUUAAACCUAAGCGUUUUGAUACAAGCUAAAUCCACAAGCACGCCCUCAAUAGCUGAUAUGUGUAGAAAAGUUUCCAUACGCUGUAUAGAUGCGAUCCUCCAGCAUUUAUCUAACCCACAAGCUUUAGUUGCUGAAGCUCUUUUCCGACACCUUGUGGCACUUGGAACUUUAGUUUUUGAUGACAAGGUGGCGCUACAGAAAGCAUGUUCUCUUAAUGCUCUUUCAGUUGUAAACAAAGCUUCAAGCGUUCAUUCUAGCACUCCUAAAAUCUCUGAAUGCUCCCAAUUUCUUGUUCAAAUUUUAAAGUAAAUUUCCUUCUCCAAAAAAUGAUCUUCGCAUUAAAAACCUGAGUGUAACAAGUUCAAAAAUAUAUAUUUCUCCUGCAUUGUAACAAUGUGUCAAGUUCCUAUCUAUAUAUUUCAAUGCUUAUUAUUUAUUCCGAUUGAAAUGCGUGCUAUACCUGGACAAGUUGAUUAUUUUCAUGUACAGUUGAAUUGAAAUCUUCGUGUUUAUUUCAUGUUUCAAAUAGAAAGCAGUAUCAAGCA